AUGCGUGAAAAACUGCCGCCACCUGGUGCGGAUGCGGUGUUGACAAAGCAACCGAGACCCCGUCUCCUCCCUCUCCAAGCUCUGGACGCGCGCCGCGAAUCCCCGUUUGCGAAAUGCACGCACUGUCACGACCUGUCACCAGACCCAGUCAAAUCCACCUCACGUCGACUGUGGCUUUGCAAACACGCUGACAUUUGUCUACUCGGUUCCUUCGUUGAGAAACCGCGGUCUAAUGCGAAGGUGUCGGGCGUGAAAAUAUCCUGGUCGGAAAGCGAGAAGCCGGUCUUCUUGGAGGUCACGCCAAUAUCGAUCGAUCAGGUCGAUCAGUCUACGGGCAAUCGUGUAGCUUGCUACACCUACCGGGACAUUGAGUAUCUCACCCCAGUGUCUGGUCUUAAUGGUGGGUUCGCAAUCGUCUGUGGUGGCUAUGGCCGCGUCCACCUCUUCAGGUGUUCCGAUCCGACAACACUAAUUAACGCCGCAGCCGAGUCAGCCGCACAGUUUGUGGGCAUCUCCCUGGCCAAAUCCCCAUCACCAGUUACCUUGGAUUGGUGCAGACAAAAUCGUCUAGGCAAACUUGCCACGCCCGAGAACAUGAUAUCCCAGGCGGAGUUUGUUGUGCAGAAAAUUGCGCCCUAUCGCCACGGCGACAACGCGCCCUCAGUUACCCGAACUCUCUGUCUGACCGAUUGCCUGCUGAUCGAACGCGAUCCCCUCAGUUAUCGAUCGAUUUGUGCUCAGCCGUUGUGCGAGGUGUUUGCCAUAGUGCGCUCGCGCAGGGAGCCUCAGAAACUCUCCAUUGAAUAUGCCUGUGGCAAAGUUCACACCUACUACUCGUCUGACAGGGAUUCCCUGGUGUGUUCCAUUCUCGAUGGUGUGCGAGCCAGCGGCAACCAGUGCGUGUGUGUUCGCUCGACCAAUAGCAGAAGGGAUCUGAGAGUGCAGCCAAUGGCAGUUGCCUCUUCGGAGGAAGUCGAGUCCAUGCAUCUGCGGUUCCUGCGUCAGCCUCCUGAAGGGAUCUCGUUUUGGGAGAUGGUGGAACGCUUCAAUGCAAAUGUUGCCUACAGCGGACUGGUUCACGCGGUUAGCCAAGACGGAAUCUUCACGGAGAACAAAGAGAAGCUCAUCAAAGAUGCGCUGACCGUUCUACUCACGCGGUGUCCCAACGUGCGAGCUCUGCCACCGGGCAUGGACGAACCGGCCGCCGGGCGAGAAGGCGACGGUCAGUUGACUGGGGAACAAAUGCUGCGGAAACAGGAGGCGCGAUUUCAGGCAAUCCGGCGACUUGUUGCCUCUAAGGCCGGUUUCGAGGCGUUCACUCAGUUGUCAGGAAUUAGAGAAAGCCUCGGCCGUGCCGUGGUGUCGGCACUGACGCGGCACGACGACGGUCUGACCCACGCCGUCCUCGACGCCGUCAACACCCUCAUGCAGCCGAUGCACGAGUCGCCGGAUCUGCGACAGGAGCAGCUCAACAAGGCCUCCAUCAUGUCAAGCGCGUCCUUCAUGAAGCACCUCGUCGACCUCUUCACACUCCACGCGCUUCGCGGCACGGGGUCCCUGGUGAUAUCGGCGCUGUUGGACUUCUUCACGUUCGCCCUGUGCCUGCCCUACUCGGAGACGUCGGAGGGAUCGGCGUUUGAGACGCUUCUGGCUCUCGUGGCGUCGCGCGGUCGCGCUCUGUUCCGGCUAUUCUCGCACCCAAGCCUGGCGAUCGUAAAGGGCGCCGGCCUCGUGAUGCGCGCGCUGAUCGAAGAGGCGCCGGACGAGCUCGUGGCCGAGCUGCGGCAGAUGGCGCUGGUGGAGGGCUCUCUGCUGCAGCACAUCUCAAUCGCGUGCUUCGCCAACACCAACGACCCCAGGAACCUCGUGUUGAGGCAACUGAGCCGUCAGCUGAUUAACCUUUGGACGGAGAAUAAUCCACCUGCACAAGACCUCCUCAAACGCAUUUUUGUAAGUUAUCGCUUGGGUGUUUCGGCGUGUGCGCACAAGUUAUUUAAGACAACUACCACCACCACUCUACCACCGCCACCCCACCACCAAUCCACUGCCCCGCCACCACUCCACCACCACGAAUCCACUGCCCCGCCACCACUCCACCACCACGAAUCCACUGCCCCGCCACCACUCCACCACCACCCCACC